CCUCUCUCUCUGUCUAUCCUCACAAGAACUCUACUCCCAAACUCAAACAAACCUACAAACCCACCAAAAUGUGUAAGUACACCUACCACCACUACGUCCAGUGCGGCCACAUCGCCACCUUCACCGUGGACAGCUGCUGGAAUCUGGUCGAACAGCUGCGCCAAGGUCCCACACAAGUCACCAACUGCCUCAAUAUCGAGCGCCACGACCUGCUUCCCCAGGAUCAACCCUACAUGUGCAACCAGUGCCGGCCCGCAUAUCUCGAGCGCAUACGCGAGAAACAGUUCAAGUCGAUGCGCCGAUCCAGCGAGACCAGUGACACCUGCUCGUCAUCUCCAGCCUUUACCCAGCUGGAAAGGCUCGGCGACUCCUUUAUCACCAUCACGGCGGAUUUCAAGAUGACCGUCGAGCAGGAGGGUCGGACUGUCUACCUCCCGCCUGCUCCGGAAUCUCGCCAGCCGGAAGCCAAAGCUUCACCCGGUGAGCUGCCCGGGUCGGACAACCGACCCCGUUCUCCUCCCAGUGCCUUUACAUUCUUCGAGGUGCCGAAAUAUGAACCCCGUGCGGAGCAGAAUAGCCCCGCCGCCCCCGUUCCUAUCCCCGUCUCCGCCGACGACGACGUCUCUGAUAUCUGGCUCGAGAUCUCCCAGCCUAGAGAGGGCAGUGGGUUCUACGACUCUGAUUCCGACGAUACUUACCCCGACCUGGGAGAGGUAACGGACUCAGAAGAAGAAGGAGAAGAACACCCCGAAGAGAAGCCGCAAGAAGAAAAAGCCAAAACCGGCGAGAAGAAAUCAUUCUUCGGCCCCGCCUUCAUCCCCUUCAAGUCAACACUCGCGAGUCCCAAACCCACAUUCAGGUCCGCCGCGGACCCCGUUCUCGACAUCGUUUCCGACGACCCCCGCGUCAAGGAACCCUGGUACCCGUUCUGCAAUACCCCUUCCAAGAACGAGCCAGUCCCGCGCACCUUCCUGCAGUCGCCCACUCCGCGCCGCACGCGCAUCUCCCACAUUCUCGAUCCGAGCGAGUACGACGACGAUGUCAAGUCGCUGUCUGUCGGAACGGGGUUCCAGUCCGAGAGAUUGCGCCGGGUUACUAAUGGCUCUGUAAAGACGCCGAAGAAGAGGGUGGGGGGCAGGAAGGUGUUGGACCACAUCUGGGGGGGGGCUGGUCUCUUCGGGAGUGGGAUGCAGGGUUUGGCUGUUGCUUUUCUCUGUUUCUCUAGCACUUUCUAUACACAGAUCAACAAAAUGCAGUCCCCAAACCCCAGCCCUAGUAACGUCCGCUCUCCAGCCGAAGACCCAUCCUCCAACACAUUCUUCGACGUACCACUCUCGGAAUCACCACUUGAAGCAUCCCCUUCAGGCCCAGACAGAACCACCGACCCAGACGACGACGACGACCACUACGACUGGAUCGAAGCACAACAUGCCCAGCAACCAUUACACGAAGAAGAAGGCGUUUUGGUUAAAGAAACUGAGAUUGAAGUUGCAGAGUACAUCUUCGGCAACGACGAUUAUGACGACGACGACAGCCUUCCUGGAUAUAACAGUCCCAUUGAAGAUAUGCCCAUACCCAUUGUUGACAUGGAUGCGCACGCGUCUGACCUGCGGGAUGCUCUGAUUGAAGAUCGGUUGCCUGAGGUUGAAGACAAUUUGGAUGAUGGUGUCUGGAUGGUGUGGCUUCUGGGGGAGGAGAGGAGGGAGUUCUUUCUGGAUGUGUAUCUUGGGGAGUGGAUUUAG